AUGGCGCUGCUGGCUUUCCUCUGCUACUUCAUCCGGCGGUAUUCCAUUUCCACGAGAAUGCGGCGGAGCACGAAGCGCUUACUCUCCGAAGCCUCCUGCACCGUCCCCCUCUACCCAUUCAAGGAAAUCGAGAGAGCCACCAACGGCUUCUCGGAGGAAAACAGGCUGGGAACCGGCGCCUACGGGACGGUCUACGUCGGGAAGCUCAGUAAUCACGAGCUCGUCGCAGUGAAGAAGAUCAGGCACCGGGACACAGAUGGGACCGAGCAAGUCAUGAAUGAGAUCAAGCUUCUGUCUUCGGUAAGCCAUCCGAAUCUGGUACGGCUACUUGGCUGCUGCAUAGAGAGAGGAGAACAGAUACUGGUGUACGAAUACAUGCCCAACGGAACUCUGGCUCAGCAGCUUCAGAGGGGGAGCAGCCGCCCUGGCCUUCCGUGGACAGUCCGCCUGGCCAUCGCAGCGGACACCGCCAAGGCCAUCGCCCAUCUCCACUCCGCCAUCCACCCGCCCAUUUACCACCGGGACAUCAAGUCCACCAACAUACUGCUGGACUACAACUUCAACUCCAAGGUUGCAGACUUCGGCCUCUCCAAGAUGAUCAUCUCCGAUCUGUCCCACAUCUCGACUGCGCCGCAGGGUACGCCGGGGUACCUCGAUCCUCAGUACCACCAGAACUUUCAUCUCUCCGACAAGAGCGACGUCUACAGCUUCGGGGUCGUCCUCGUGGAGAUCAUCACGGCACUGAAGGUCGUGGAUUUCAACAGGUCUCAGAGCGAGAUCAACCUGGCGGCGCUCGCCAUUGAUAAGAUCGGGAAGGGGUGUGUGGAGGAUAUCAUAGACCCCUUCCUCGAUCCCCAUCGAGACGCCUGGACCCUGUCCUCCAUUCACGAGGUGGCAGAGCUGGCUUUCCGGUGCCUGGCCUUCCACCGGGACAUGAGGCCCUCCAUGAAGGAAGUGGCCGACGAGUUGGAACAGAUAAGGCUCAGUGCGUGGGUGCCAUCCGACGAGAACGUCUUCCUGUCGCCCGGUUCAUCAAUCUGCUCAUCGCCGUCUCUCAGCGCCGGCAAAACAAGAGUGACGUCGAAGAGCAUCAGGGAUGUCAACGCGAGCUCCAGGAGCAAUCUGAAGUUGACUUCCCCUAUUUCUGUGCAAGAUCCGUGGUACAGCGAUCAGAGCUCUCCUUCGGCGAACAGCUUGUUAGGUAACACAGUUCACUGA